GCGGGAAUGAAGCGCCUCCCUGCGAGGAGCAGGAGGUCUCAGCGUGGCGCUUCGACCGCCUCUGAGCUGGCACGGAGGUCCCAGUGGGAGCACGCCCUUACCGUCCUGACCAGGAAGCCCAAGCGCGAUGGAGCAAAGGCGUCCAGCGCCGCCAUCAGCGCGGCCGGGGGAUCCAGCCAUUGGCAUGCGGCCGUCUUGCUGUGGCGAGGCCUCGGAGGCUGCGGCAACGCAGCGCUGGCGGCGCUGGGCCGCGGCCUGCAGUGGGCCCAAGCCUUGCGGCUGCUGGCGGAGGAGCCCCGCUCCUUCGGCGCCGCGGGCUACGGGGCAGCGCUGCAGGCGGCGGCGGAGGCGUCCGCCUGGCGCGCCGCGGUGGCGGCGCUGAGCGCGGGGGAAGAGGAAGCGAAGGCGAACUCGCUGUGCUGCAGUGCGGCGAUCGCCGCCUGCGGCAGAAGCUACAUGUGGCAAGUGGCACUUGCGCUGCUUCAGUCCCCUUCUGCGACUUCUGAUGCCUGCACUGUGGCAGUACUACGAGCCAUGCAAGUUGCUCUGCAGUGGGAGCAGGCGGUCGCCUUAUUGGCUGCCAUGCCGAAGGCGGAAGCUCGCGCGGUGGUGGUAGAGACUUGUGCUCGCAGCGAGGCCUGGGAGGCAGCAUUGGCCUUGAUGCAGGACCCGGACCGCCCUGCGGCCCUGCGCGCCUGCGCGCGCGCCGCCCAGUGGCAGGCGGCUUUGGCGUUGGCUCCCGGCGAUGCCACAACGGUGGCGGCGCUCUGCAGCGCCCAGCAGUGGCAGCGCGCCCUCGCGAACGCGAACGCUGCGCCCCGGGACCUUCUGCGGGCAUUGGGCGCCGGCCACUUCUGGCGGGAGGCGCUGCGAGUGCCCCGGGCAAGCACCUGGGACGUGAGCAGCGCGGCUUGGGCGUGCUCCGUUGCCGGGCGCGGGGACAAGGCAGAGGAGCUACUGUCCGCCCAUCUCCAGAGCCAGCGGGCCGGCAAGAAGCGCAAGGAGCUGCAACUCCUGGACUUCCUCGAGUCAGCGCCGAGGGAUCUAGCCAGCAUCCUCGGCGCCAUCGAGGAGUUCGCCAAGAAGAACCGAUGGCUGAAGGUGGCAGCCGGCCAGAAGGCCGAGAUCCUGGAGGUGACGGUUCAGGAAGGCGAUCGAGUCCUCGAGAUCGGGACCUAUGUGGGCUACACUUCGCUUCGCCUGGCGCAGCAAGGCUGCAAGGUUGUGACGCUUGAAGCAGAUCCGCUCAAUGCGGCUGUCGCGCAGAGAGUUGUCGACCUUGCCGGUGCUCGAGACCGGGUGGAUGUCCGUGUGGGCAGAGCUGCCGACUGGCUGAGCUCAGGCCGCCUGUCGGACAUCGACGUGCUGAUUCUGGACCAUCGGGGCACCGUGUACCACGAGGACCUGGCGAAGGCUGAGCCCUUGCUCUCCAGCAAGGCCCGCGUGGUGGCGGACAAUGUGCUGCACCCGGGUGCUCCACUCUUCCUGGUCGAUGUGCAAGACAGGUACCAUGUGGAGGUGCACGUCCUGGAGGAGUUCGGAAUGGAUUUGGAGGAUUGGCUUCUCGUUUGUAGACCAAAAACCUGGCCGGUGGCCAAAGGCGCGGCCGUGGCAUCCCAGCAGUUCGCAGCAAUGCGGCGGUGGGCAGCCGAGGUGAACCGACUCUGCCACGAGAGCCAGGCGGGCCCCGUGGAUUGGCAAGAUCUGCAGGCGCGAAUGAAGCCGCCGCCCUAG